AAUUAAUAUAAAUACUCGAGGAUAAGAGAGUCACUUCAUAGCGAAUACCCACACUGGUCGUGCUAGCUGCAGAUUAUUUUUCCAAGGCAAGAUGUUUUUCCUUGUGGUUCUGUUCGGGUCCCUGGCGACGGCGUCCAAUGCCGGUGAGCUGGAGCUUCAAAGAAUGACUUUCGCCGACCAGUACUCUGUCUGGGUUGCGGACCUUCAACCUGGGUACACAGUAGUAAAUACAACAAUUAACGGACAAACAUGCUACUGCAAAGUUCCUGUGACUACAAAAGCAGCAUCAACCUCAGCAUGCGGGUCAUGUGACAAAACAAUCACCAUCAACUACACUAACUACCCGAAGUUUGUCUCUAAAACCACAACUUGGUCAUCACCCAAUUAUCCUAAUGGUUAUCCAGAAGGGUGUACUUGCACCCUUACUAUCCAGUUCCAAGUGAAGGCCUACGUAACAAUCUCCUAUCAAUCAGUCUCAAGCAUACAUCAAUCAACUGGCUGUUCAGGCGACCACCUAGUUUACUCUGGAUAUAUUACACAACAAACGCCCCUAUGCUCUGACAUCAGUAAUGAAAAAGUGUCGUUUAGUGACACGCACAAUGGAGACGCGGUAGCCUACGCUACAUUCGUUUCGACCGAUGAGGAUGGAGAUACUGACGUGGGCUUUCAAAUGAACGUGCUGAUUACUUCAGCCUGAGAUUUCCUUCGGAGAGCGUCCAGCCCCUUGAAAUUGGACAAAUAAGUUACGUUAUAUUUUACAUGGAUAUCAAGUAGUAUUUUCCAGUACAGUGUAAUGAUGAUUAUAUCAUGUAACUUGUAAAACCGUAUAUUCUAUAUACACAGAGAAGUUUAA